AUGUCAGGAGAUGCAGAUAAGCUCAAUCUCGACAAUAUCAUUGCAAGGCUAUUAGAAGUUAGAGGUUCAAAACCAGGUAAAAAUGUGCAAUUAACAGAGAACGAAAUAAAAGGAUUAUGUAUAAAAUCAAGAGAAAUAUUUCUUAGCCAGCCAAUACUACUUGAACUGGAAGCUCCACUCAAGAUCUGUGGUGACGUGCAUGGUCAAUAUUACGAUUUAUUAAGAUUAUUUGAAUAUGGUAGUUUUCCUCCAGAAUCAAAUUAUCUUUUUUUGGGUGAUUACGUUGAUAGAGGCAAACAAUCAUUAGAAACAAUUUGUUUAUUACUCGCAUAUAAAAUUAAAUAUCCUGAAAAUUUCUUUUUAUUGCGUGGGAAUCAUGAAUGUGCAUCGAUUAACAGGAUAUAUGGAUUUUAUGAUGAAUGCAAACGACGCUACAACAUUAAGUUGUGGAAGACGUUCACGGAUUGUUUCAAUUGCCUGCCAGUAGCAGCAAUAAUUGAUGAAAAAAUAUUUUGCUGCCAUGGUGGAUUAUCUCCAGAUUUGCAAUCCAUGGAACAAAUUCGUCGUAUCAUGCGGCCCACUGAUGUACCUGAUCAAGGAUUACUUUGUGAUUUAUUAUGGUCUGAUCCUGACAAAGAUGUUACAGGUUGGGGUGAAAAUGAUCGAGGGGUCUCAUUUACAUUUGGGCCUGAAGUUGUUGCCAAAUUUUUACAUAAACAUGAUCUCGACCUCAUAUGUCGUGCGCAUCAGGUAGUCGAAGAUGGCUACGAAUUUUUCGCAAAGCGACAGUUAGUAACACUUUUCUCAGCUCCUAAUUAUUGUGGCGAAUUCGAUAAUGCAGGUUCAAUGAUGACUGUUGAUGAAACACUCAUGUGUUCAUUUCAAAUUCUGAAACCAGCCGACAAGAAGAAGUUCCCAUAUGGAGGCGUGGGUACCGCACGACCAGUAACACCUCCAAGAACACCAGCACCGAAUCCGAAAAAGGGUAAAAAGUAA